GGUGGUCCGCCCGUUGCUUGUCUGGCCGGAAGCGGAAAAGGAGCUCCGGCGCCUGCCGCGGAUCCAAGAUGUCCGCCAGCGCCGUCUACGUGCUGGACCUGAAGGGAAAGGUUCUCAUCUGUAGGAAUUACCGUGGGGAUGUGGACAUGUCAGAAGUUGAGCAUUUCAUGCCCAUCCUGAUGGAGAAGGAGGAGGAAGGGACGCUCUCGCCCAUCUUGGCACAUGGAGGCGUCCGCUUCAUGUGGAUCAAGCACAACAACCUGUAUUUGGUAGCCACCUCGAAAAAGAAUGCCUGCGUCUCAUUGGUGUUCUCCUUUCUGUACAAAGUGGUUCAGGUGUUUUCUGAAUAUUUCAAAGAGCUGGAAGAGGAAAGCAUUCGGGACAAUUUUGUGAUCAUUUACGAACUCCUCGAUGAGCUCAUGGAUUUCGGCUAUCCCCAGACCACCGACAGCAAGAUUUUACAAGAGUACAUCACGCAAGAAGGCCACAAGCUGGAAACAGGGGCGCCCCGUCCUCCUGCCACAGUCACCAAUGCGGUCUCUUGGCGGUCCGAAGGGAUCAAGUACCGGAAAAAUGAGGUGUUCUUGGACGUCAUCGAGUCGGUCAACCUCUUGGUGAGUGCCAACGGGAACGUCCUGCGCAGCGAGAUCGUGGGCUCCAUCAAGAUGCGGGUCUUCCUGUCGGGGAUGCCGGAGCUGCGCCUCGGCUUGAAUGACAAAGUCCUCUUCGACAACACUGGCCGCGGCAAAAGCAAGUCAGUGGAGUUGGAGGACGUGAAGUUCCACCAGUGUGUCCGCCUCUCCCGUUUUGAAAAUGACCGGACCAUUUCGUUUAUCCCGCCAGAUGGGGAGUUUGAGCUGAUGUCCUACCGCCUUAAUACCCACGUGAAGCCUCUGAUCUGGAUUGAGUCGGUCAUCGAGAAGCAUUCCCACAGCCGCAUUGAGUACAUGAUAAAGGCCAAGAGCCAGUUCAAGCGCCGCUCCACCGCCAACAACGUGGAGAUCCAUAUCCCGGUCCCGAAUGACGCCGACUCGCCCAAGUUCAAGACAACAGUGGGGAGCGUCAAGUGGGUGCCGGAGAACAGCGCCAUCGUCUGGUCCGUCAAGUCAUUCCCGGGUGGGAAGGAAUACCUGAUGCGGGCCCACUUUGGGCUCCCAAGCGUGGAGGCAGAGGACAAGGAGGGGAAGCCCCCCAUCAGCGUCAAGUUUGAAAUCCCGUAUUUCACCACUUCGGGGAUCCAGGUCCGCUACUUGAAGAUCAUCGAGAAGAGCGGCUACCAGGCCUUGCCGUGGGUGCGAUACAUCACGCAGAACGGAGAUUACCAGCUACGGACGCAGUAGCAUGUGGCCAAAAAUAAGUCCCAUUCCGGAGUGUGUUUGGUGCUUGGAGGUCUGGGGAAAAGCCCCAUUCAGUGUUGUCCGUCUUAGGAGUAGCUGUUGCCCGGGAAGGAGGCCGGAGCCUUGCAAGUAUUAGCCUGAGUAUUAGCUCCUUCUCCUCUAUAGAUGGGGAGGGAGAGAGAGAGAGAUCCAUGUUGGUGCCUCUUCUUUGUUCGAGCCAAUCCCAGGUUGCCAUUUCAUCCCAGGUUUGCGUGUUAUUGUGUUUCGUUUUCCCCCAGAGCAAUGGCUUUCUCUCUUUGUGAAGUCCAUGCCAUGUUUUGCAAACAACUGCCUUAAUGCUGGUUUCUUUGAAGGCAGGUUUAGCCCAACCCCAAUGUUGCUUCUGUCCCAUUAUAAGUCUAUGGGUCAGGUCAGGUUUGGCGACGGUUCACAAACAAUCUCAUAAUUGACCAUAACCCUUGUAGCUCGUUGUGUCGGUGUCACUUCUGAAUAAAUUUCAUUUCUCGUGAUCCGAA